CUGUGAGCAGUUGCGGAUGACCGUUUUUGUCAGACAGGGUUUGACGAAGGUUCUUUACCGACUGGUGGAGCACUAGUACAAUAUGAGAAGAUGCAAGAAUUUGGGCUCAUAAAACCUCCUGAAACUAUAUCUGAAAGGCCUGUUCUGCCAGUUUUUCCCAGAGCACAGAGUGCCUCAUUCCUGAUCUCCACCCUGAACUCCUUUUAGGGUGUGUUGAAGGUCAAGCCUGCAGUGGAUAGUGACUUAACCCUUGUAGAGGCUGAUGCAGCCGGCCUGAGCCAUGGGGCGUCGCUCCCUCCUGCUCCUGCUCCUGGCUUUCCUGACUCCUGGGGCCGCCACACCCGUACCGCCGGCCCUGAGGGCCCUCAGCAGCCUGCACUUGUCAACCAGCUUCAAAUCCCGCCCCGCUGUUGCCAUGAAGUACUCGAUUCACUACAUCCAACAGAAGGUUGAUCAUUUUGGAUUUCAUACUGAUAAAACUUUUAAACAGCGGUACCUAAUAGCUGAUAAACACUGGAAGGAAGAUGGUGGAUCUAUACUUUUCUACACUGGUAAUGAAGGGGACAUUAUCUGGUUUUGCAAUAAUACGGGGUUCAUGUGGGACAUGGCUGAGGAACUGAAAGCUAUGUUGGUGUUUGCUGAACAUCGAUAUUAUGGAGAGUCCCUACCCUUUGGUGCCAACUCCUUCAAGGAUUCCAGACACUUGAAUUUUCUGACAACAGAACAAGCUCUGGCUGAUUUUGCAAAGUUAAUCAAAUACUUGAAAAGAACAAUCCCAGGAGCUAGAAAUCAACCUGUCAUUGCCCUAGGGGGCUCUUACGGUGGCAUGCUUGCAGCCUGGUUCAGGAUGAAGUAUCCUCAUUUCGUGGUUGGAGCUCUUGCAUCCUCUGCCCCCAUCUGGCAGUUUGAGAAUAUGGUACCUUGUGGUGUAUUUAUGAAGAUUGUAACUACAGAUUUUAGGAAAAGUGGCCCAAAUUGUUCAGAGAGUAUCCGCAGGUCCUGGGAUGCCAUUAGUCGACUCACAGAAAAGGGUACUGGCUUGCACUGGCUUUCUGAAGCCCUUCACUUAUGCACUCCAUUAACAGAAUCUCAGGAUGUUCAGCGUUUGAAAGACUGGAUCUCUGAAACCUGGGUGAAUCUGGCAAUGGUGGACUACCCUUAUGAGUCCAACUUUUUACAGCCUUUGCCUGCUUGGCCUAUCAAGGUAGUGUGCCAGUAUUUGAAAAAUCCCAAUGUAUCUGAUACAUGGCUGCUGCAGAAUAUUUUCCAAGCUCUGAAUGUAUAUUACAAUUAUUCGGGCCAGGCGAGAUGCCUGAAUAUAUCAGAGACAGCAACCAGCAGUCUGGGAGCCCUGGGUUGGAGCUAUCAGACCUGCACGGAAAUGGUCAUGCCCUUCUGUUCUAAUGGUAUUGAUGACAUGUUCGAACCUCACUCGUGGAACUUUAAGGAAUUUUCUGAUGACUGUUUUAAACAGUGGGGUGUGAAACCAAGGCCCUCUUGGAUCCCUACUAUGUAUGGAGGCAAAAACAUCAGUUCGCACACGAACAUCAUUUUCAGCAAUGGUGAACUAGACCCCUGGUCAGGAGGUGGAGUAACUAAGGAUAUUACAGACACCUUACUUGCGAUCGUCAUCCCAGAGGGAGCGCACCAUCUAGAUCUCCGAGCCAACAAUGCCUUUGAUCCCGUCACUGUGCUAUUAGCCCGCUCCUUGGAAGUUAGACACAUGAAGCAGUGGAUCAAAGAUUUCUAUGCAAGUCUGAGAAAGAUGCACUGAAUUUGGUGUGGCAAAGGUUGAGAUAGAAGAGAACGUGAUGGUGGUGAUAGCAGCCAUCCAAUGACCUGAGUCCUUGCCAUCUUUGUGCCACCUCCAGGAAGAAUCUCUUCAUGACAGCUUUCCCACACCAUCAGUGGCCUUGAUAACUGGAGCAGAGUAUUGACUGCCUUUCACAAGAGGGGGAGUCACUUCCUUGGUUUCUCUGAAAGCAGGGAUUUAUUGGUUUCGAAGUUGAAGUCUCUUUGGCCCAUUUGUCACUCGCCCCUCCUCUACUUUCCCAAAAGGAAAAGCAGAAGAUGGAUAAAAAUGAUGUAAUUGCAGCUGGUAGGAAGGAUAUCCAGUGCCAAACCAGGAAAUGGGAGCCAUUUCUUUUGUGCUUGAUUUAAUGACUUUGAACUGUGCUGUAAAUAAAGAAUAGGGCUGGACCUUAUACCUGUGUGUUGCUUCUGAAGCUCACUCCAGCUGUUGGGAAUGCUGUGUGCACUGGGCUUGGCUGUUUUUGGAAAGUCCUUUAAUUUUCUCUCUUCUAU